CUGCAGGCCUUGCAUGUGGUUGGCAUGCAUGGCGAUGGUGGCGUUGAGCUUGCCCACGGUGGCGCUGCUGGUGGUGCUCUGUGCUUGAACAGACGACGGGAUGGGAUGUGCUGGUCACAUAGCAGUUGAACAUUCUAGAAGAUUGAUGGAUCAUCUAGAACUCUCUAGAACUCCAUCCGGGCUUUGGAUCGAUCAAGUCCAUGCAAAUCAUACGGCUCUCGUCGAUAUAAAGCCCACCCGUCGCUGCUAUAUUUAAGAGCCCUGAAGGCGCGCCACCAGAAAUUUGAUCGCCACCUCCUCUCCUGCCUCCUUCACCCAUCACAGAGCUCCCGCCCACCGUUCUAACGGUAAUAUUCCGAUGGCACAGAUUGCCGUUCUCAGCGACACGCUCGCGGGCCACACGGACAUGGUGACGGCGAUCGCCGUCUCCGCUUAUUACUCCCCCAUCGUCGUCUCCUCCUCCUGCGACAAGUCCGUCCUCAUCUGGAAAAUCAAGGACGACGUCACCGUCGUCCCACACCGCCGACUCACGGGACAUUCACAUUUCGUCGAGGACGUGGUCCUCAACAGCGAUGGCCAGUUGGCCUUCUCAGCCUCCUGGGACGGCGACGUCCGCUUCCGGGAUGUCGCCACCGGUUCCAUCACCUCGCGCUUCGUGGGUCACACAAAGGAUGUCCUCUCGGUCACCAUCUCCCCCGACAACCGCCAGAUCGUCUCGGGGGGGCGCGACCGCAUCAUCAAGGUCUGGAAUUCGCUCGGCGAGUGCAAGUGCACGAUUGAGGGUGCCGACGCCCACACCGAGUGGGUCAGCUGCGUCCGUUUCAGCCCCAACUUCCACAAACUGGUCCUCGUGUCCGACUCCUGGGAUCGGACAGUCAAGGUGUGGAACUUCACCAACCGCAAGCUCAUGUACACGCUGGUCGGCCACACCGGCUACGUCAACGCCGUGGCUGUCACCCCCGACGGCACAAUGUGCGCGAGCGGCGGCAAGGACACCCUCGUCCUACUAUGGGAGCUCGCCAUCGGGGCGAAGGUCCACGAGUUCAACGCCGGCUCCAUCAUCCACGCGAUUUGCUUCAGCCCCCGCUGGUACAGGCUGUGCGUCGCGUCGGAGAACGACUUCCGUAUCUGGGACCUCGCCGAGAAGACUCUGCUCCAGGUUCUCAAGCCGGAGACGGCCGUCGGCAGGAAAAAGAGACCCUUCUGCACCAGCUUAACCUGGAGCACUAAUGGCCUCACGCUGUAUUCUGGAUACAAGGAUGGCACAAUCAGACUUUGGGGCUUUUCUCCUGCUUAGAUGGUGGCACUUUGGCUGCGCAAGG